AUGCAGCGCCUCCGCGACCGCCCCUCGGACGCCGCCGCGGCCGCCGCCGCCCGCAACGCGCUUGAGGCGCGCGCGCGCCAGCUCAGCCCUGGCCUCGACGAGUCAGAGGUGUCGGAGCUCGCCGGGCAGCUGGGUGGCAGCUGCUCCCCGCCUGGCCUGGCCGCGCUCGCCCGCGCUACCUAUGGGCGCGAGCUGCAGGACCCGCGCGUCUGCGCCGCCGUCGCGGCCGCGCUCGCGGCCGCCGCGCGCCAGCUGGGGCCGCACGAGCUGCACUCCGCGCUGCGGCUGAUGGCCGCGCACGACGCGGCGGGCGCCGUGCGCGCCGGGCUGCACGCGCUUGCGGAGGCCGUCAUUCGGGAGUCGGCGGGGCUCAGCGCGAUGCAGCUGUCGGAGGUCGUGGCGCUGCUGGGGUCGGUGGGGUAUGACGACGCGUGGGGGCUGUACCUGAUCACCAAGGAGGCCGGGCGGCGGCUUCAGGAGUUUGGGCCUGCAGACAUGGCGCGGCUCGUCGCUGCCGUCGCUGAGAUGCACGUGGGUGACUCAGAUCUUGGGGAGAGCGUCGCGGCGGCCGUCGCGGCGCGGCGAGGGGAGUAUUCAGCCGAGGAUCUCGCAACGAUUGGCAGCGCCCUGGCCAUGAUGGGUUGCAGCCUGCAGGUGUAG